AUGUCUACAAAACGUAAAAGUUAUAUAGUUAAACAAAAGCUUGAAAUUAUUUCAAAAGCAAAAGAAAUGUCUAAUAAAGCAGCAGCACAAAUAUUUGGUAUUGAUCAUUUUCAAGUAUCCAGUUCUGAAAAGAAAGCUGUAUAUCCUCUUGCAGAGGAGACGUUAAAUAAAUGGAUUGUUCAAUUACAACAAGAUAGUCUUGCAGUAAUAUUGUCUACAAUAAAGCUUAAAAUAAAAGAGCUUUUUAGAACUAGAUUUCAACAAGACUACCCUAAUGCUUUAGAAACUUUCAAAGCUUCAAAUUCUUGGCAGAAACUUCCUCAUGAAUUAUCUAAACAAUUAGAUCAGUUUUAUGAAUUUAUCAAAAAGUUACAACAUAUAAAUAACUAUAAGUUAUCCUGUAUAGCAAACAUGGAUGAAAUGUCUAUUUACUUUGAUAUAGUUGGCAAUCUUACUGUAGAUUACUAUUCAGCAAAAACAGUUCAAAUAAGAACUACAGACAAUGAAAAAACCAGUUUACGUGUGUUCUUGCAAUCUUGGCUGAUGGAGUUAAACUCCUCUUAUGGUAAUUUUCAAAGGCAAAAGACUUUCCUGAG